ACAGCCCCGCCCCGCACCGCCCCGCGCCGCCCCGCAGCGGGAUGUGAGCCCCGGCUCCGGCAGCGCCCGCCGCCCCGCGCCCCGGGAAGAUGCUGAGCAGGUGGAUGAGUGGCAGCAGCAGGAACCUGGACCGCGAGUACAACUGCACCGUGCGGCUGCUGGACGACAGCGAGUACACCUGCACCAUCCAGAGAGAUGCCAAGGGCCAGUACCUGUUUGACCUCCUGUGCCACCACCUGAACCUGCUGGAGAAGGAUUACUUCGGCAUCCGCUUUGUGGACCCCGACAAGCAGAGGCAUUGGCUGGAGUUCACCAAGUCGGUUGUGAAGCAGAUGCGGGCCCAGCCCCCCUUCACCAUGUGCUUCCGAGUCAAGUUCUACCCCACGGACCCCGCGGCGCUGAAGGAGGAGAUCACCAGGUACCUGGUCUUCCUGCAGAUCAAGAGGGACCUGUACCACGGCCGGCUGCUGUGCAAGACGUCGGACGCGGCGCUGCUGGCUGCCUACAUCCUGCAGGCUGAGAUCGGGGACUACGACCCCGGCAAGCACCCAGAGGGCUACAGCUCCAAGUUCCAGUUCUUCCCCAAGCACUCGGAGAAGCUGGAGAGGAAAAUCGCCGAGAUCCACAAGUCAGAGCUGAGUGGGCAGACACCAGCUACUUCAGAGCUGAAUUUCCUCAGGAAAGCCCAGACUCUGGAGACCUACGGGGUUGACCCCCACCCGUGUAAGGACGUGUCUGGCAAUGCAGCCUUCCUGGCCUUCACCCCCUUCGGCUUCGUCGUCCUGCAGGGGAACAAGAGAGUUCACUUCAUCAAGUGGAACGAGGUGACCAAGAUGAAAUUCGAGGGGAAGACUUUCUACCUGUACGUAAGUCAGAAGGAGGAGAAGAAAAUUGUUCUCACCUAUUUUGCCCCGACGCCAGAAGCCUGCAAACACCUCUGGAAGUGCGGGAUCGAGAACCAGGCUUUCUACAAGUUGGAGAAGUCGAGCCAGGUGCGGACGGUGUCCAGCAGCAACCUGUUCUUCAAGGGGAGCCGCUUCCGCUACAGCGGCCGUGUCGCCAAGGAGGUGAUGGAGUCCAGCGCCAAGAUCAAGAGGGAGCCCCCCGAGAUCCACCGGGCCGGGCUGGUGCCCAGCCGGAGCUGCCCCUCCAUCACGCACGGCCCCCGGCUGAGCAGCGUGCCCCGCACCCGGCGGAGAGCCGUCCACAUCUCCAUCAUGGAAGGCCUGGAGUCCCUCCGUGACAGCGCCCACUCGACCCCGGUGCGCUCGGCUUCCCACGGCGACGCCUUCGCGGGCCCGGGCCGGAGCGGCCGCGCCGAGAGCAGCGAGCGGGUGGCCGUGAUCGCCGACGAGAGCUACAGCCCCGCGGACAGCGUGCUGCCCACGCCCGUGGCCGAGCACAGCCUGGAGCUGAUGCUGCUGUCGCGCCAGGCCAACGGGGCCCCGUGCAGCAUCGAGGAGGAGAAGGAGUCGGAGGCGGGCACGCCGGCGGCAGAGGCGGAGGGCGAGCUGCGGGCGCUGUGCCCGGGCGCCGGCGGCCUGGGGCCGGCACAGGCCCAACAGGUGAAUAAGUUUCUUUUAAGUGUCCUCCGUUUGCUCCUUGUGACAGUUGGACUCCUCUUUGUUUUGCUCCUCCUCCUGAUCGUCCUUACCGAGUCCGACCUUGACACUGCCUUUUUCCGCGAUAUCCGCCAGACCCCAGAGUUCGAGCAGUUCCAUUACCAAUACUUUUGUCCCCUCAGGCGAUGGUUUGCCUGCAAGCUCCGCGCCGUGGUAAACCUGCUCAUUGACACCUGAAGGCAGGAGCCACCACGGGGGCCUGGACCUGCCGCCGUCACUCUCUAACCCUCCCCUCCCGACCCCAGCCCGGCCGGCGAGGAGGCGGCUUUCCGGGAGGAAGAGGAGGGUGGGCGCAGCCCCCGGAGCCCCCUCCUCCCCGUGCUCCCAGCCCCGGAGCCCGCACAACACCUCCCGUCCCGAUCCCCCGCGCACGACUUGGGAAGCACCGAGCAGAGGGGAAUUAUUUGGAUUCUCUGCUCUGCCGCCCCGGCCGGGGCUGGCGGGGCCGUUCCGCAGGAGCUUUAGCAAUGGUGCUACUGAGGUUUCAUUUAACACUCGUGUACUGUCACGGUACUCAAUCCGCACUGUGCCCGCGCCCCCGCCCUCCACGAACCGCUUGGCAGAGCCCUCCCUGCUCACGGAGCCUCCCAGGAGGUGACACAGCCGCCAGGCUCCGGGACGCCCCGUGCCCUCCUCCCGAGCCCUCGCCCCGCUGCGGACUCGGCCCUUCGCCACUUUUUCAAGCCUUGAAGCAUCGGUGCUCCCGAGGGCAGGGGAGCAUGGAAGCCAGGGGACGCCAGGCACGCGCGGCCAAACCUGGCGUGGAGCUGAAGUGACUGUGUCAGAUUUAUUGGGAUGACCUUUACCCUCCGCCAGUUGUUCCUGUUUUGUAAAAAAACCAAGCAAAAAGAACAAAAAAAACAAACAAAAAAAGAAAGAGAGACAUUUCAAGGUCUAUUUUAACAAGGAAAUGCUAUUUUGUUAUCAGAUCUAAUCCAGUCUUUUUUUACUUUACGGAUGGGGUGACCGUGGGUGCCGCGACCGAGCGGCUCCCAGUGAGCAAAGGUUUCAGAGGAAACGCCGGGAGCCCAAGGCCAGCCGAGCCCUGCUGGGCUUGGGACAGAGAAGGAGCUCUGCUUUUGGGACUCUUCCCAAGAGGACACAAGUUUGGAAGCGCAGGUGACACUGACGAAGCCAAUGGACACCUUUAGCCCCAACCAUCAUUGAGUGCAAGUCAAUAAACCCAACUCAUCGUGCCGGUGAUGAUCCCCAGGCUGUUGGUCACCAGGAGCAGCAGCAGCCCAUCCACAGGCAGCAAUAACAGCCAGUUCUGGUCAGGUUGGGGUGACAAGUUGGACACAUCAGGAAAAAAAAAAAAAAAAAAAAAAAAAAAAAAAAAAAAAAAAAAAAAAAAAAAAAAAAAAAAAAAAAAAA